AUUAUGACUACUUUUCUUUGGCAUCACUUAAUCAAGAACAUUUAUGCCUAGUAUCGCAUAAUUGAAAAGAAAAAUGGAUGAUUACAAGAUCUUGCGCCAACUGGGCUCGGGUUCAUAUGGCUCGGCUCAUCUGGCGGUGCAUGUUCCUUCAGGGACAAAAUGUGUUGUUAAGGAAAUUAAGAUAUCUCACAUGACACCCAAGGAGCUCCAGGAAGCCAGGCGUGAAGUCGAGGUACUCUCAAGUUUGUCCCACAUUUACAUAACUCAAUUUAGAUACUCCUCAGAAGCUAAUGGAAAAUUAUAUAUAGCAAUGGACUAUUGUGGUGGAGGAGACUUGCACACUUUGAUCACCAAGCGCAAUGGAGUUCUUUUCCCAGAGGAUAGAAUACUUGACUGGUUUGUGCAACUCUGUUUAGCUGUUAAGUACAUCCAUGACAGAAGAAUUCUUCACCGUGACAUAAAGUCACAGAACAUAUUUUUAACAGAUGAAGGUAGAGUGAGACUUGGAGAUUUUGGUAUUGCAAAAGUCAUGAAUAGUACAUCAGACCUGGCAAGGACAUGCAUUGGUACUCCAUACUACCUUUCACCAGAAAUGUGUGAAAACAAGCCCUACAAUAAUAAAAGUGAUAUCUGGGCUCUUGGAUGUGUAUUGUAUGAAAUGACAACACUUAAACAUGCUUUUGAAGCCAGUAACAUGAAGGCACUUAUCCUAAAAAUUAUCAAGGGUGUCUAUCAGCCAAUCCCUCCUCGAUACAGCCGUGAUUUACGCAUGCUUCAUACACAGAUUUUCCAGAGAGAACCACAGGCCAGACCAUCCAUUUCAGUAAUUCUUCGUAAACAUUUCAUCCUCAAGAGAGUGCCUCGUUUCAUUUCAGGAUGUGAAGAAGAGGAUUUGAUGGCUUCUCUUAUGAAAAGGAAAAUUUCUCUGCCUGCUUCAGUACGUAGAGUUCCAGUUGUCAAGCGCCCCAAGGAUGUUACUGAUCCAUCAGCAAAGUAUGGAAGUAGUUUGUGCGUGAAUAAGAGGGCUCCAAAUAUUUCACCAGCAAAAACAGGAGGAAAGAAUCCCCCAGUAGUCUCUGGAGCAGUUAGAAAAUACCCUGCAUCUUCCAAUAUGAGGGUAGACAACUUGAAAAGAGGCCAUAGAGUGAAGUGCCCCAGUGAAGACAACAAGCAAUCUCCUGAACAGAAAAGUGUCCAGAAGAGAUCCAAGUCAGUACCCAGAGUCUUCAAGCAGAGCAUACAGAAACCAAGUGUACAGUGUUCUAAGAAAAAGAAACAACCUUCACCUUUAAAGCUUAAGCUUAUGUUAGACAGUGCUGGAUUUAAGAAUAAUGUAGAAAAGAUGAGUACUCUUAGGUCAGGAGGAGAAAGACUUAGUGAAAGUUCAAGGCAGAGUUUACAAAAUUCUUUUGAAAUGUCUACAGCCUCUCAUCCACAACCACAGAAAGAAGAUGGAAUUUCAGAUAUUGUAUCUUCAAAUAUUGCAUUGUCAGGUGAUAAUACAGACUCAGAUAGUGUAGAAGGAGCAGCUGCUAGCAGUGUUGAUGAAGUGCUAAAGAAAAUAAGGAAUGGCAAAAUCUUGACUGAGAAAGAGGUGAAGCAGAAAUUUAGUGUUAGAAGUGACAGCAGCAACCAGGCCUGUGAAGAAAGUUGCAAAGAUAAUGAUGCAUAUAUAAAGGCAGGUGAAGAGAAACAGAAGAAAACACAGAAAGAGGUGAAAGAACUGACUAAUAAAAGCCUUAAGCAACAGAGUGAGCAUGGCAGUGAUGAGGACGAGCAAGAAUUUGCUUUUGAUGUGCCAGCUGAGGAAGUGAGACGCCUUGUGCAGGAAAAAAUGCAGAAAUUGGUACAGGCAAGAGCACAGAAAAUGAAUAAAAUGAUUCGAGAGCGCCGCCAGUGGGCAUAUCAUAGGGAAAAAUUAAUAUCAUCUAUAAAAAGUGAAAGUGAAGACCUUGAAUCAUUAUCAUCUGCUGAUGGUUAUAGACCAUCAAGUGGAAGUGACUUUGACUUGAAUGAACAGCUAAAAACCUUUCAAGAGGACCAUGAUAAAAGUAAGAAGAAUCAGAUGGAUGCAAAUACAGACAGUAAAGAAUCCAAAGGAGAAAAGGAAGAAGAAGCACUAGAAAAACAUGCAUUAGAAACAGAUACUCAAAAUGAGAAAUCUAAAGAACUAAUAAACACAGUUGUUAAAAGAAAAGUAGAACCAGACUGUGAUAAAGAAAAGGAGAUCUCUCUUGAGGACAUUGAAAUUACAGUCAUGAAUGAAAAUACUGGUGAUGAUGCUUCCACAGCUAAGAAGGAAAUGAUAGAGAAUAAACCAGCAGCAGGUCUUGAAAAUGAAAAUAUAGUGCCCAAAAUCAGUCUGCAGCCUGAAGAAAUCAAAAAGACUAUGCCAGAUGACGAACUUCAAGGUGCUAAAAAAGUUACAGAUUCUCAGCAACUAGGUCUCACAUCACCCAAAUCGGGUCAUGGAACACCUACCAGACGUGCAAGAUGGGGCAGCAUCAGGACUGCUGGACUUGAAAAUUCUCCAUUGGAAUCAACUGGCUCUGAAAUGGAAAGCACUUCUUCACAGGACAUGGUUGUGGUGUUUUCAAAAGUCUCAGAACGUAAACAGUGGGAAAAGGGAUGCAAAGAUAUAGUGAAUGUACUUGCAGAAGCUCAGAUUAUUGACAGCCCCAUUUGUCAGAAAGUAAAGAAGAAUGUGGCAGUGAUAUCAAGUACAAAGGAAAAUGCUAAUGUUAAAGAAAAAAUUUGCUUUGAUGAAAGUGAACAAAAUCUAUCUGAAAAGCCAAAUGUAAUGGGUUCUACGUAUACUGUGUGUUUGGAUGCUGCACUAUGUAAAGCUGGAGAUACACCAAAAAGACCAGUGACUGGCUUAAAUGAGAUUCCACAGGUAAUGAAAGAGGGUACUGCAGCAAAUGUGACCAACAAUUUAAACAGUACAUUUACAGUAGAAAAGGAUGAAAGAAAGGUUACAAAUGAUGGGAAUGCAACACUCACUAAAAAUAAUGGUCUGACACCUCAGGCCGUUGAAGCAGACAAAAAGAACUUAAGUGGCACCUAUGUUUUAGAAUGCACUCUUGUUCCAAAGCCAAUUAUUGAUCAUUGUAGUGAAAUUAACGAGAACAUUGAUUGCAAACUAACUGCAGGAGAUAAUGGAUUAAAUAAAGAUGGUACAUAUGAACUAGAAAAGAAGUUAAAACCACUGCCAGUGUCACAGAGUGAAAAAUAUGAAGUGACAAUGCCAGUUGACACAGAAGUAAAUGCUAAACCUUCCGUAGUGCUGCCAAAAGGAGGCACUGGGAAGAAGACAAGAGGUGGACUCUUAGGAAUGCUACGUUCUCACAUGUCACCCAAGCCAAGAAAGAGACUGCUGUCUCAUACCACAAGUGAUUCAAACAUAUCUGAAAGUAGCAGCCAAGGAGAUCUAGAGAAGAAAGCAGUUCCUGCUAAUGCCAAAGGCAGUGUUGAAGAUAAUUCAAGUAAAACUAUGAAACUGAAGACUGGUAUUGUGGGAAUUUUGCGAAGGCUUUCGUCUAAGCAUGAAGACCUCAAAACUCCAAGUAAAGUUAUCUUAGGUAGUACAGUUGUAAUAAGCUCAAAACUUACGAAGGCAGAAGGCAAGGAUAUUGGAGAACAGCAAGAAAUGAAGAAAGAUAAGCCUGAGAUUGUAAUGCAUCUAAACAAACAACAAACACAAAGAGAAGAAUCCCUAGCAGCAACUACAACUACAGAUAGUACAAAGGAGUUGAUUGAGGGAGAUAGUGAUAAAGAUACCAAAGAAAUUGCUGAUAAUGAUGAGCAGCUAUUGACCCCAAAGAAUGUAACUCUAGAUAGUGAUGAAAGCUUUUUCACCACAUUUGCUGAUAGUCCAGAAAGAGAAACCUUUAGCACUCCAAGACAUGACUCAGUUGAAAGGACACAGAACAGAAACAUGAAAGUUCUGUGUCUAAAAGACUUCAAAACUGACUCUGAUGUCAAGGAGUUGACAAAGGAUGUUGAAGCUCUUUCAUGCACUGCCUUAGAAACAAAGGAUGAAGUUAAUUCUGGGAUGAAACUUCUUGAGAGUACAAGUGAUUUUCUUCCUAUUACAAAUCCCAGUGAUGUAUCCUUUGAUAGUGGAGUAGACACACAAAAGACAAGCUUCACUUGUCAAACAGCCAAUAAUAUUGGCAAUGACUCGUCUCCUUUUAACUUAAAUGAUUCCUGUGAAUUUAGCCAGUGCUCUGGUUUCUCAGAAAUUUCCAAAGAAAGACAAAGUAUCUCAAAGGACAUUGAUAAUCAUGAACUUCAAGAGCAGAAGACUUGUGAAAUGGUUGCCAAAAGCAUAAGAGAGGGGGGCAAUGCAAAAAAUAAUGAAAAUGAUAAACCAAUUACCUGUGACACUCAUGAGGAGUCUCAGCAAAGUGCUGCAUGUAUAGCUCAUUCCUUAGUAAAUGAUAUUAUUGAAAUUGCAAGACAGAGGCUUGCACAAACAAAAGAUACAAGGACACUCAUUUCAGAAGAUUGUAGUCUUAUUUCUCAUUCAGUAAGUGACAAAGAUGAAGGUGCUAUGAUGGCCUCCAUUAAGAAUAAAGUUCAGGAAAUAUUAAUGAAGGAAAGUCCAAAACACAUAAGUAUUGUAAAUGAGGAGGCAAAGGAAGUGGGGACUCAACCAGUGCCAGUUUACACAGCCAUCAGGAAAAAUGAAGAGAAAGAACAAAAGGAUACUGAUACAAAUAUUGUUAUCUCACAGGCAAUGAUUCAAGAGGUGGAGUCAACAAUAUUGGAUGUUUUACCACCCAAGAAGAAAGAAAAUGAAGUACCAGUACAUGAAAAGGAAGACAAACAGCCAUAUACUCAUUCUGUUAGGAAAAGGCCAUCAACGCUGCCAAACAUCCGAAGUAUCCCAGAUAUCUCAGACAUUCCCCUUUUUUCAUCUUUCAAUUUUACAAAAGAUGUUGGUGAAGAAAGAAGGCCAAGCCUUAAAAGUUUUAGAAGAACAAGCAAAGAAGUCUGCAAGUGUAGAUGUUGGGGGGAGGAUUUCCAAGCCAAGAGUGAUUUAAACAGACCAGCCCGCCAGUGCUCUCACCAGAAUGAGGAAGCCUUAGAAUGCAGCACUUCAGAUGAAGAAAUGGAAGAUAUGGCAAACCUGCGUGAAUCAAUGGAACUCAUCCUAUCCUCAGGAGAAGAGAGUAAAGAGCUGGGAAAUCCAUUAGCUAUGUUGUCGGUAGCUCAGUCAGAAGUUUGGCAUUUAGAUUCUGAUGGUGCUGUCGUCUCUGGUGGAGGUGGUGUUUACGGGUGGAUUGAGGAGAAACGAGCUAGAUUGGAGGACUUGCUGGGAAUGGAACUUUUCAUGAAAGCAUACCACCACCUGGACUCGGCCCAAGAGCAUGAGGGAUGUGUCGUUGGUGAAUCUAUGAGCCAAGUAGAAGAGAUGCUGGGACCACAAUACGCUUACUUGGCCCAUGAUGUCCUACAACUUGUGAUUGCAGAUGCCGUUUAUCAUAAUUAAUGAAGGAAUUUUGGGCUGUCCAUGCAUGUGCUGUGAGACUUUAUGACUACUAUUUAUUUUUAUUAGCAGUAAGAGCCAGAUGGUAUUCCCAUAGCACAAUCAUUUGCUUGUAUUCUUGCUUUUAAAAAGCAAAAGAAGGCAGCAGUUUGGUAGAUUAAAGAUUAAAGGGUUACGAGGCUGAUAGUUUUAUGUAUGAAAUAUGUACAAUAAGUGAUAUUAUUAUUAUAUUGAUUAUGACAAUGACAUGGUAAUGACAUGCAAUACAUUGUUAUUCUCAUUAUUUUUUUAAUGCACAAGGGAAGAAAAUGCAUCUUAAAGAAUUAAUUUUUGACAUGUAAAUGCCAGAAAAAUAUAUAAAAAACAAACUAAAGAAUGUGGUUGGUUUUACAUUUUUGAUAGUGCUAUAGUCAGAGACAUGAUCUCAGGAAUACAGAUUGACUUUGUCUUUUUAUUUGGAACUUUUGUUAAAUCUUAAUCUUAUUAUUCUGCAGAUGUUCUGCAUGAAGUAACAAAUUACAUAUAUUUAUAUUCUGUUUGUUUUUAAAGAUAGUGACCCAGAUGAUGGUGCAAUUUGUUUACAUUUUGUUAUAAAUAAUAGUCAUGUUUAGUUUCUGUGUUAUCCAUGGAUGAACUUUAGAACAUUAAAUGUAUGAAAAUUUUUCCCAUAUGUAUAUUAUAUUUUGCAUAUAACUCAGGUUAAAUGUUGAUAUUUUGCAUAUCUUAGAUUGAUCUUUACUCCUUGAUUUACAAUAAUUUUUGGAAUGUAGAUUGCAAAUUUUACAUAAUUUUUCAGUUGGAUACACUCUCAGUAGAAAUGCAACUUAAGUUUUAAUUACAAUUAUGUAUGUGUUAUACAUUUUGCUCUUCUUUACUUUUCAUCAUUUUAUUGUUUUAUUGUCUUUUUGCAGAAGUAGGUUAUAGAACACCACCUGUGGUCUUCAUUGAUAUCUGUACCAGCAGAUAGUUUAUAGUUCAAUAUAAUUCAUGGUUCCAUCUAGUCAGUAGUAAAUAUUGUGAUAUAUAUCAAAGUUCUGUGUUG